AUUGAAUUCCCUUUGGAAAUUAUGAAUUGUGUUGCCCACAUGUAAGGGAACGGUUGAGAGGUGGUCGAGUGGUGCAACCAAAUAGUAGGGAUAGUAGGACUAAGUGCAAUAUUGCCUAAAGAAGUGGGAGAGGGGAGGCAGCAAAGUGAAUUUGUUUCAGCAUACGAUGUCUUCGAUUUCGGCGCAGGGAGUGGUCGAACGAGCCUCCGCCGAAUUGUCGAAACGUAUUAACGGUUUGGGAUUGCGUUCGAAGCAUCACCAUGGUUCGACCAGUGAUGGCACAUCUUCUAAUUCGACCUCUAGUGCCGCCUCCAACACAACAACAUCGACUGGCAAGACCUCAGUGAUGGAGCGUGUAACGAAUGCUCUUUGUGGUGGUGGCAAUAGCUCCAACUCCAACUCCAAUUCUAACUCCUCCUCCUCCUCCUCCUCUUCGACAACUGUAACGACUGCCACCGGGCAAUCGACACCGGAUAAGCCAUCUCGUGGUAGUCAGAGUUCCGGUACCGGUGUUUCUAUCUCCGGUGCACAACAGCAGCAGCAGCAACAACAACAACAACAACAGCAGCAGCAACAACAGCAGCAGCAGCAACAACAACAACAACAACAACAACAACAGCAGCAGCAAGUGGCACCAGUUUCACAUCUAAUGCAACAACAAAUGGCCGGCUCCACACUGAUCAAUUCAAAUCAUUUGAUGAGCGGUGCUCCAGCGCCACCAGCCGGCCUACCCCUGGGUGCUCCACCCACGCCGACAGUGAAAUCGAUUGCCAAGCAAAUGAAUAUUACAAUUCCAGGAGGUAACUCGCCCACAUUUACCACCAUGGGCAUGGUGGCGGCUCAAAAGGCCGCUGCCGGCGGCACUGGGACACCGUUGCAAAUGCGCAAACAACUGCCCACUCCGCAUAUGCAUCAUCCGUACAGUCAGCUCAAUGCAUCUGUCGUGGAUCAGCAGCAGUCGGCAUUAAUACUCCAUAAACAGCAUCCGCCCCAUGUGCCGCCCCACCCGCCUCACACUCAUAUCCACAGCAUCGAUGCGCUGAUGCUCGAUGAUCGCUUCCUCAAUCGAUUUUUCCAAUACUUUUCGCCCUACGAGCGGCGUGUGCUUGCCCAGGUGUGCAUCAAAUGGCGGGACAUACUGUACCGCAGUCCGCGCUACUGGUCCGGUCUAUUGCCCACACUCCAGUGCCGCGAACUCCGCCAAAUGCCCGGCUGUGAUCGGGGCAAACUAUACAACUCGCUCAUACGACGUGGCUUUCAUGCCCUGGGUCUGGUUGGAGCCUCCGAUGAGGAUGCUCUCGAUGUGGUCCACUCAUUCCCGCUGGCCUCAAAGCAUAUACAUUCGCUCAGUUUGCGCUGCUCUUCGAUAAGUGAUCGGGGCUUGGAGACUUUACUGGAUCAUCUGCAGAGUCUAUUCGAACUUGAGCUGGCUGGAUGUAAUGAGGUCACCGAGGCCGGUCUCUGGGCCUGCCUAACGCCACGGAUUGUCUCCUUGUCAUUGGCGGACUGCAUCAACAUUGCGGAUGAGGCAGUGGGGGCUGUGGCACAGCUGUUGCCAUCUCUCUAUGAGUUUUCGCUGCAGGCUUACCAUGUGACAGAUGCCGCCCUAGGCUAUUUCUCACCAAAACAGAGCCACAGUUUGAGCAUAUUACGCUUACAGUCGUGUUGGGAACUAACCAAUCAUGGCAUUGUUAAUAUCGUGCACUCCUUGCCGCAUCUUACGGUGCUCAGUUUGUCCGGUUGCAGUAAACUUACCGACGAUGGAGUCGAGCUGAUUGCCGAGAAUCUGCAGAAGCUGCGCGCCCUGGAUCUCUCCUGGUGUCCCCGCAUAACGGAUGCCUCGCUCGAGUAUAUCGCCUGUGAUCUGAAUCAAUUGGAGGAAUUGACGUUGGAUAGAUGCGUUCACAUAACGGAUAUUGGCGUUGGAUACAUUUCCACCAUGCUGUCGCUUACGGCCCUCUUUCUGCGCUGGUGCUCCCAGGUCCGUGACUUUGGCCUGCAGCAUCUGUGCUCCAUGCGCAAUCUGCAAGUGCUAUCACUUGCCGGAUGUCCAUUGUUGACCUCAUCAGGUCUCUCGAGUCUCAUACAGCUGCGUCACUUGCAGGAACUGGAGCUAACCAAUUGUCCAGGUGCUUCGCAUGAGCUCUUUGACUAUUUGAAGGAACAUUUGCCGCGCUGUUUGAUAAUCGAGUAAUCAAUCCAAUGGAUGAAUCGAAUCGUAACGAAUCGAAUCGCUUUGUUGAAGAGAAGAUGGAGACAAUGGAUGAUAUUGAUUACCCAGUACGGAUUACUGAUUACUUUAUUUAACUAUAUAAUUAAACAACUGAUUUUAAUUUA